AUGCCGGCCCCAGCAGUGUAUGUCCUUGCUAUCUUAGGGACUGUCGGUGCUGUUUUCGCAUUCAAGGAGUUCGUUUAUGAGCCGCACAUAGUUCCAGCCUUGGAGAGGUGGAAAGCCGAAUAUGACGCACGGCGAGAAGCGAGGAGGCGGAGGGGAGCGCCUAUUGAGGUGCCGAUGAGUGAGAGAAGACAUUCAGAGACGAACGACUCCCCCAACGAUGAAGACGACAGUGGUAACUCUGCCUCCGCAAGCGGCCCUAGCACUUGGAGAAGCGAGUUUAUGCGAAAUGGACUCCUUAGACGCCGGGGUGCUAGUGCGCAGCCUCCUGUGCAUGCUACUGGAAGAGACGUCGAGCUCGAGAGCCUCGUUGCACCCGAGGUCAGCGCGUGGAGGAAUGCAACUUCGAACGGUGCUGCUCAAGAUGUCGGGCAACGAAGCAGCGCAAAUCUACUGGAUCAGAGUAGCCAUUCAAUCGACGAGUCCAUCCACGCAAUUCCGUACCCCGCUCUGUCUCCCACCCAUGCACCUCAUCAUGUUCUGUUCGACUCUUCGAUGAACUCGCCUCUGAGCACGACUCCCUCCAGUCAUGCAAGUGGUUUGCCAUCCAUGCCUGCGUCGCCUGCCCCAGGCACGAUGUAUACCGGGACCCUUCCCUCCGGUACUAAUUCGGGAACUCCAGAAAGGAAUGCUUCAGAGGAACCACAACCACCGCAGCCUCACUUAACGCACCCGUCCGGACCAGAACCACAGGUUGAUUCUAGUCGUCGGGCUACGCCAUCUCCGCCACCAAUUUUCGUAUCGUCUGUUCCCCUCGUGCCAUCGCCACCACCAGCCAGGGUUCCAUCGCCUCUUACACCCCCACUUUCGACCUCCUCUUCUCUGCUUCCGUCUCCUCCAGCUCCCGCGCUUAUCGAGAGCGCCAACCAGCAGCAGGACGUGCUGUCGCCUUUGCAACUCAGCGUUUUACCACCUUCGCCUUCUAGUCGAGCUUCUAGUCCAAAUUUGACGCCUACUUCUCCUGAGGGACCUGUGUCUCCAAUCAGCUCACUCCCUGCACCAGUUCCUGUCCCGGCCACAUCCGACCUUCAAGGAUUCACGGAUAGCCAUGCAACCCCAACGGCAAACCAGUUCCAACACCCGUCGUACUCGAUCCAGCAACCAAUUCUCUCGCUGUCUCAGUCCUAUCCACAAGAGCUAGAUUACGAGCAAGGACUCGAGCUCCUCUCUCCACCUUCAUCACGCGCCGAGUCUCCUUUCUCGAUGGCAGAUUACAGCCCAGCAGCCAAUUUCCGCUCGUUCAGUCCUCUCGGCGUGAACACGAACGUAAGACCGGAAAGCAGUCUCAGCCCCCUGAGCUCCGUUUCGGCUUCCUCGGCCUUCUCUAGUGUCUUUUCCUCGCCUGAAAUGACCCACUCGCCGAUUAGGAUGGGAUUGGGUAACGAAAGCUUCGAUACGCUGUCGCCUGUAAUGCAGGCAAGGGCCUUCAGCGGCCUUGGAGCGGCAGACAGGGCUGUCACAUCGCCUUUUGCUGAUCCUGUCGACUCUCCACGCUCUCUCCGAGCUUCUGUCAGCCCGCAGCCCUCAUAUAGUCAAACGAGCUCUGCGCAGAGCACGACGUAUCUUUCGCUGAGUGGGUCAGACGACGAUGAAUCGGAGCUCUACGGACCGAAUACCCGCGCGGAUCAAUCGACGGAUCAAGGCCUCGGCUUGACACUGUUCCCGACAUCCGUCUCCGCGUCUACGCCGACUGCUUCGUCCGCUAUUCAGCCCAGGAGCCCCGGAGCUCAGACCCAAAUUCAGAAUCACCCGCAGAGUGAUAGCGAGUUCUCCGAUUUGGAUUUCCUGAGUGAUGUUGCUGGGACUGAGUCGGAGGCCGAAAGCGAGGAAGGAUGGAGCGUGGCUGGCUCGGAGCAAGGGCUGAAUCGAGCUUCGAAUGCUAAUGGAGCUGCUGCAUUGGAUAGGAAUGAGACGAUUAGAGCUCGUGGCGGAGCUUUUGGCUGGAGGAGGUAG